AUGUGUGAUGGGAGGAAUGAUUGUCCGGAUGGGAGUGACGAACAUGCACACGUUUGUCACCAACACUCUGCAGCUGGUUCCGGUUGUUUUGGAGAUCAGCCGGAAUGUAUCUAUUUGGGAGUGACUCGAUGCAUUAUGCAUGAAUGGCUUUGUGAUGGGAGGACAGACUGUGACAACAACAUCGAUGAAUCAAACUGCACGCAUGUUAAUGUGACGAAUCCUGGAGAGAAGCCUCUUCUUUCUCCAAUCAAUCUUCCAUCAAGAAUGCAACCAGGAGUCUCACUUGCUGAAGUGAUUCGAAAGAAUCAAAUCAUGCAAGCAGGAUCUCUGAAUGGAUUACCCGGAUGCCAACCUUUCGAGUUUCAAUGUAAAUCCAGUGAAUGCAUUAUUCGCGAUCUUCUUUGUGAUGACACAAAAGAUUGUCCAGAUGGAAGUGAUGAGAGUGAGGAGAAAUGUGCAACACCACCAGGCAUUCCAGUGGUUGAGCCUCCACACAGCUUUCCGGACAGCGCAGAAUUGUCUACGAUUGAGCCAUAUGGAGAGCUGAAUGGACUAUUAUCUCCAAUUGAUAUAAAUCAACCAAAAUCUUUGCCUAUUCUGACUUCAACAACACUUUGGCCAAACAUGGCAUCAUUUGGAGAGAUCCCGAGCCCAGAACUUGCUACAGAAGCUGUUGAAAGGAAUCUUGUAACUUCUACGGAAGUUAUAGAAUCCAUAGAUCUUUCAACAAAGCAAGAAACUACGGUUGAAAACUAUCCACAACCAUUUCUGCCGAUAACUGGUGGCCCACCGCUUCCACCUGCAGGAUUAGAACCAAUGAUACUACCAAGCGAUGUAAAUUUGCCACAAAUACCCGUAAAUUCAAUCCCCGAUGAGCAAGCCAAUGAAAAUUUGCCACAAGAAAACACUCCGGUUGUAGAAUCAGUCAAUCCGAAUCUAUUUACUUCAACUCUUGGAAUGCCGGCUAUCAUCCCACUUAGAGGUCUUCUAGGCAUUCCUCUACCAACAAAAUUGAAAGAAAAUGAUCAGAAAACCGAGCCUAUUGUCCCAUUUCCAUUUGUGCCGAUCAAUCAAGAUGGAGACAAAAGGGAAACAGUAGGGAAUGAGAUCCCCUUCACAGCAUCGGGUUCUCCGUUUUCUGUCACCAACGUUCUUCCCGAUGAAACUUUCGGAAAGUCGCGUGUUCUUUCUCCGCUCGCGUUUCACCAGCCAUUCCCACUUUUGAAAGGAGACUCGACAAUCUUGUGCCCAAAAGGCAUCUCCAUUUUAUUCUUUAUCCACACAGCUCCAUUUGCUUUCAAUCGACGAGAAACGAUUCGGCAAACCUGGGGGAACAAAAUUUGGCAAGAAAAGUUUGGUUUCAAAACUGUUUUUGUACUUGGCACUAGCAAGUUCCCGGAUGAAAACGAUCAGAUGAACAGGGAAAAAGCGCAAAACGAUGACAUUCUACAGUUUGAUUUUAUCGAACAUUAUCGGAAUCUGACAAUCAAACAACUUUCUUGGUCUCGCUUUGCUUCUCAAAAUUGCCGUGAUGCUAAAGUUUUCGUUAAAAUUGAUGAUGAUGUUUUAGUGAACAUCUUUUGGUUCUUCAAAGAAAUCAAUGUUAAUGACUUCAACAACACAUUGGUAUGUGGACAUGAAUGUCAGUAUCAUCAAGUCUGGAGAGAUAAGAGGAAACCAUGGUUUGUGCCAAAAGAAGCCUAUGAACCGACUCUAUGGCCUCGUUUCUGUUCGGGCGGUCUUGUGAUCGAAUCGGCUGACAUCUUGCCUAAACUCGUCGCCGCCGUUGAGAAGCGAGAGCGGUACAUCUCUACGGAUGACACGCUAUUCACAGGAAUCCUACCUGAUGAACUCAAUAUUACAAAAGUUUUGGCUUCUUCCAAGUUUGUUUAUCGCUGCUUCUGGAGU